AUGGGGGAUAACGAAACCGGGGCUAUCUCUGCACUUGGUGCUCUUCUCGGUUAUGUCGGCGCCGAAGCUGCCACUACCGCACCAUUUGAACAUUUACUCUGGCCACAACGACAUUUGGCAAAUCUCUCAUGGCGCUCAGCAGUCAUGGCAGCAUUGCUGAUGCCCAUGGGUGGUCCAUUACACAAAGCGGCCUUGGAGACGUUUGAUACACUACACCGCCAUGGUCUUUUCCGUGGUGCCUAUCUCGGACAUAUGCUCGGUACCGCCUUUUUUAAGGACAUUGGAUGGACCUACACUAUGCACGACAUGGGUGUCAAAGGGAUACCAAAAGCAGUCAGGAACUGUAUCUGGACGAGGGCUAUGAGCAUGUUAAGUCCUCCUCAGUUGGCUGAUGAAAGCAAGCUCGUGCCAUCGGAGAAAAAAGAAGCAUCACGCCAGACUUCAGUCAGAGCCUUGAUAUCUUGCUACCAUUUGACAUUUAGCCAAGCCACAGAGGAAGAUAGAGAAUCUUCCUUACCAUUUGUGCGUGAGCGCGUCAAUAAGCCUGGACCCCACGUCUAUCUAUCGAUCAUCGCCGCUGAAUCGUCAGCAAUUAUCAUCGGCGUUAUACUAAUUGGUAUAUUGAGAACACCCUGGGCCACUCUGUGGCUCGCACCCUUGGCACUACGACUGAUUAGCACCCUCUUCGCCAUCCACCGCGAGCCACUCGAAACUCCUCAAAUCACACCCCAAAACUACACUUGCGACUUCGAAAUACAUUGCCCCGAGUCCAACGGGGAUUUCAUAGUUCUUACUGGUCCACCGCCCCUUAUACAGCAAUUUAUGCGACACUACGGCCAUCCAUGCCGGAGCCGCAUCAAAGAGAUCAUCCAGCUGACUAUCAUCUGCGCACUGGGUUGUGUCUUUCCGGCAGGUCUAGUGGCCUCAGCACUUUUUAUGCCGUUGCAUCUACAAUACAUAUGGUUCGGAUAUCAAAUAUUCCUAGUCGCAGGACUCCAUAUUGCACGGUACUGUCAAUUCUCAAGACAGUUAUCUAUAGAUGCAGCUAUUGCAGAGGCAUUUACAAAGGGCGAUAGGUUCAGUUUCUAUGGAGAGAGCUCAUUGCUUUUCGGUCACAAACGAUCAGGCUCUGGAAUACUCAGGAUUGAUUUGAAGGUCAAGUCGUAUAGUAAGUAUGCGGAUGGGAAAAAGGCAGUGCAGGACUUGCUUAUGGGUGAUGACAAAGAUAUUGAGGAGGCUAUUGCGAAUAAGUAG